AUGAACAAGCGUGUUCUGGAAACACCAGACAAUGGGUAUCCACGGCCAAAACAAGAAGAAUUCGCCCCCGACGAAGAUCUUCUGCAUGUUUAUGAUACUGUCGACAUCUCUGCAAAAUCUCAGAUGCUCUUGACGCAGCAAGCUAUCACUGAUGUUGCUACACUUCUCGGGAGGGAAGAUGACUUGCAGCGCGCCGCCCUUCCAGGAGUCAACAGAGGUACCCAGAAGCAACUUCACAACUUCUGUCUCUGGUACAAAGAUUACUCCAUGAAAUGGGACGCCGUCAACGUGAAGACGCACUUUGAUGAAGAUUCACUUCCUCGAUUCGAACGUGACCGGCUGGAAGCCGCCACUUGUGAUAGUUCGGGCGGGCUCCUCGCACUCGACAUGGAGCGUAUCUGCAACGUUCUUGACAUUUCACAGAAGACGCGGGGGCAGCUAGCCAAACUUGAAAUCAAAACGGCCAAGGCGCUCGUAGGAAAGAAGACCGAGCUCGAAGUUUUUUCUCUUCUGAAUAUCAAGCAAACUACACAAAAGCACCUACUCAAAGUGUGUUUGUUUCGAGAGGAUUUCUACCGCACCAAUGACUCGGACAAAGAGUGGCUGCAUCACCUCAAUGAUGAAAGCUUCGCCAAGUUCGAGCAGGAAGACAGCAAGGAGAGAGAGUUCAGAUUAGCUGUGGAAAACAUCCAUGAAGGUCCUGGCAACAGAGGCGUUGGGGAUAUAUCGGACAAGGCGGUCCAGUUUGGUGCUACUAUCACUGCAAGGUACUUGUCACAUCAUCUGGUGGAGCAAUGCCGCAACAAAUUCAACCCGGACGAUGUUUCUAGGAAGUGCAUAAAGGCUCUCUUGCAUCCAGCCGGUGCACCGACCAAAGUUGUACAUGUUGUUUCUGGCAAGACACAGUCAGGAAAGAGCACCGUCAAGGCCGUCUGCGCCGUUGCACACCGACAAUUGCAGACUCUCCUCAUUAUCAUAACGAAAGGAAUUGCGGAGAGGGAUGACCUCAAAAUCAAGCUGAGCAUGCUUCUGGGCGGUUGCCGUGAAUCGCUGGAGUCAGGACGAUUGGUUAUUGCAGACACCGGGAGUCAGAUCGAAAAAGCCACUGCUGCAGUGCUUGGAAUCCGAAAGGACAAUCCCCACGCAAGGUUUGGAAUUAUUGUUGAUGAGUCCGACGCCAUGUACAGAACCAAGGACGGUGUGCAGAUCUUUGAAAAGCGCUUCGCUGCGUUGAUGGCUCUUGGUCCCUCUUUUCGAAUGGAGAUUUCUGCCACAAUCUAUUCCACGGUGCAAGUCCUCAGCGAGCGUGGUGUACCGGUUGAAAUGAUGGAGGUUCUUACCACUGAUGACUACAGCGGCAUUGAUCAGAUGGAACACUUCACAUACGGCAACAACAAGGCUACGGGGCGUGGUUGCCCAAAGCAUAGUGAUAUCAGUGACAGUCGAUUCAACAAAGAGAAGAUCAAGUCCUACCUUCCCUACACCAGCAAGCCUAUGGUGGACAUGCUGAGGGAAGCGCUGCAGUCGACUCACAAGGGUAUUUUGGUCCUCGUUGCCACAAAUCCACGAGUCUACGCUGAGGGCAACGUCCUCACUCAAGCUGCUGGUACCCAGAAUUUCUUUCGUGCAGAAGGAACAGACUUUGUUGCGGUGGCCGCAACAGGCCGAGGAGUGUACUUUAGAUUCCCUGGUUGCCGCAAAGGCCGCUUCAUCCGAAAAAAGCUGAAGACUGUUUCGGAGAUCAUCUCACAGAUGGACAAGGCUGUUCGGUUGGAUACCCCCAUUAUCAUUUUUGGGUAUUCCAGGAUGUGCCGCUGUGUCUCGUUUCGGUCGUCCACAAGGGUGCCUACUCACAUGAUUCUGUCUCGAGGACCGGGAUACAGUCUAGAAGACUACAUCCAGGCAAUUGGUCGAGCUACCUUCAAUGGGCUCUCUGUCUUGGAACAAAACGGGCAUAGUCACGUGACAGUGCUGACCAAUGAGAAUGACUUCCUGGCUGCAAAGAAGUAUUAUAGCUUUGUACAGGCAAUCAAUGUCUAUCUCAGUCGCAACCCUGGAGUUCCCCUUCAAAAAGUGCUGAGAUGCGCAACCAAGAAGCUCCCAGACGAGGCCAACUGCUUUAGGCACACGAACAGGAAGAUUGGUCGCCGCAAGGAUCUCAAGAUGAAAAAUCCCGGACGUGAAGCCUUCGAGGACCCUGUUGUGCUGAGCGAUGGACAAAACAAAAGGGAUCGCUAUUGGACAAACCUUCGUGCACAACGAUUGAUGAGAAUCUUUUACGAAGAGUCUGAUGGCGAGGAAGGAUUUGCACUUUCCACUUACCACUUGGUGGAAACAUAUAAUGAAAUUUACCCACCUGAGGAUGGGGACACCGAAUUGAAGAAGAAGGCUGUAGGGAAAAUCAUGGGCGACUUGGUGAGGGAUGUCAUUUUUGAGAAAGUGACCAUCAAAAACGAAAAAGAAAAGAGGUGGUCACCAAAAAGCAUUCUUAUUCUUCCAUCCUUACUCAACGAAAACCUUGGCGAGCUUGAUGACCGUGAUGAUCUCUACUAG